UUUUUAUUUUUUAUUUGUUUUUUAUUUUAUUUUUUUCGCCCUUUUUUGUUGUUGUUUUGGUAAAGAGAGAGAAUAGGUAACCCAACCGUGUUGAACGACACAUUUACACUGACCAUCUGCCUGAAAGAAUGCAAGAUGUCCGGCAGUGAUGUCGAGCACGUUUCUUGCUUUCUAAACGGCAACCCUCGUGAGCUCCGGCGCCAAUCUUCUCCGAACACCAACGAGUACUAUUAUGAUACCCCGACGGAUGACUCCUUUGAAACAUCACUAAUUACCUCCUCUUCUGCUGCACCGUCUUUUGCCAGUACCACAUACUCCGCGCAACAGGGUCUCACAGACUCUCCCAUAUUGUCUGCAACCGCAGGCCUAUCCUCGAACGACCGAUCCUCGCCCGACCCUGACGACUACUAUCGCCCACACCCACCCGCACUGGUUGCAAACGGUGAUACUGCUGCUUGUUCAGGCGAGUCUUUGAUGGUUGAAGUUGAUAACGCCAAAGCUGCCGAAAAUCACCCGACACAAUUUCAACGAGUGUGCUCUGUGCCAGCGCACUCGUCAAAGUCGUCCGUGGAGAGCUCAGGGCCAUUUCGUUCGCUGUCGGAUUCAUCAUAUGGAAACAUUGGGCUCGGAUCCACUACCGGGGUACUGCCAGCGCGGGCGUCGACAGCGAGGCCAAGGCAGGUCUCGUUCAAGGAUCUCGUGAGCAAGUUCAACAACAAUCCGGAUCAAGUUCUCCCACUACCGUCAACGUCUACAUCCAGGACUGUCAGCCUGGGUAGCCCCACGGACGGGUCAAUACAAUUCAAGACUGCUUCACGUGAGCGACAAACUCACGAUUCGUCAAUUAAGAAAACCCCAAUACCUCGAUGGAACACGAUAGGCACUUUUGACCCAGAUAUACCCUCCGAACAAUCUCUUCCUCGGCUAAGGACAAGCGACAUUCAAGAUAACCGUCCUAGCUCUUCCAACCUUUCUCCUCAGCGGCCUCCGUUUGGCGAAUGGCUUGCAUUAGAUACGAGUUUCGACAACUUGGGAUAUGGAACACCAUCACUUCUACGCCGUCGAGGUUCUGAAGGGACCAUCCCGAGCCCAAACCCAGCAUUUCUAGACCAUCCUGAAUCAGCACUUGGCUUGACGCCCCUGACUCCGACCGCUUGGUAUCUAGGACGUACGCCGUUUCUAGAGACUGUUAAUACCACUUCGACCACAAGUAAUCACCGAAGGACAAGGAGUGAUUUUGCUGGAGAUCGGCCUGGAGGUGCGGCAGUGUGCCUUUCUGACACCCAUAUGGCGGUUCAGCCCCCCUUGCAGCCGCAGCCCGUGACAUCCCUAGAGAGCCCACAUUCCAAGUCACGCAUUCCAAUUUCUUCCCGCCGCCUUAAUUCACCUUCCGUCUCGGGCGAUUCCUCGCCGUCUUCACCAACACGAACUGAUCUAGCUUUCGGCAGCCGAUCUGCACAGUCGAUCGCUCUGCCACCGAAAGGCGUUAGCCGCUUGCCCAAGCCAUCCCCCAAACAGGCGUCUAAUCCCGCCCGUGAACUGACUUACGAGGGCGAAGCUACGUUUGCGACACCGCCGCAUGCAAGGCGAGAAGUGGCCCCUGGCAGGGCCCGUCAGUACAUCCCUGAGAAGGGUGCCCUUUUGGAGGCAUACAUAGCCGCGCCUCCCCCAAAGAAGUCACCCCCUCUACGUAGUUCACGACCCCGGCAACCCGUCUCACAAACUGCCCAAACGGCGCCACGCUCAAAAGUGGUGGAAACGGUAUCGAAUUUCCAGAGACAAAUCAACCGUGAUCGUGAGUCACGCAACUCCAGGCUACGAGAGCGACGACUGCCAGAAUUGGGUAAUGUCGACUUUGCAACUCGGCGACAGAAAAUCCAACAGGCUUUCACUCGCACAGUCGAAGAGAAUGAAAGAAAAGAAGAGAAAGCAGCAGAGCUUCGACGCCAGGUCAACGCUCAAGAAGACACACAGCAGUUUGUUCAGCCUACUACACCUAAACAGCAGUGUACGGGACUUGCAGAUGUGAUUACUUCUGUACAGCCUGAAGAUAACGUGACAGUAAUCGAGGAAUUUGGCGAAUGUGGACAUGAAACGGAAGACAUGACACCAGAGACGGAGGCUUCGAAAGCACAUUCACAGCUUCACAUCCAUACAGACGUAUCUCUAUCAGAGAGUGCUCGAAAUACAGGAGACUAUCAUCCGAUGACGAUGGAUUCACCAACAUUAGGCCACCCGGAAAUAAUUUUGAACAGCCAAGGAUUUGAGUCGACGCCCGGCGACCUGCGACCUGACUCCGCCGCAACAACAGUGUCUAACGAGACCCAUAUUACCGCAUUUGAUCCAGAGCCUCAGGAUGAGUUUUCCAAGCAGAAUCUACAUGCAUCGCAUAGAACCCUGUUGAGCCAAAUAAUGCGUAUUCGUGAUGAUUCCAGCCCCAGCGGUUCAUCGUGCGAUGACCAAGAUUAUGGGUUUUCUGACAAUGAAGAGAGGGAGUCAAUUCCCAUUGUUCUAAGAGAUGCGUUGACUAUCGAAGAUUCCAUAGACAGCAGUGAGAACCAAGAGCAUCGUGAUAUUUAUAUCAAACGAGGUGGUGCUGAUGGCGAACCAGCGAACCGCUGGAGUAUGAGUUCCUGGUCUUCUUCCCUGCAUCAUGGAAAUUCCUCAGGUGGGCAAUGUGAGGGCAGCGAUGACGGUCUUUCUAACAUACAGCACUUUGCCGAGGAUAGCGAAGAGGCCUCUACUCAGUCAUGCUCUGCAUCUUCGAGCACUCCGUCCAUCAUUGGUCAUCAACUUCCUCAUGCAUUGUCCCAGACAGCCAGUGAGGUAACAGAGCCAAGUAAAGAAGUCAUAUCACAUACAAUUCCUUACGGAUCGUCCAACACACCCAGUUUAAUAAGGCUGGGUGGAUGGGAUUCUAAACGUGUGUCUCAACUUUACAUAGAGGAGCUUGCGAGUGGCAGGAGUCAUAAGCUUCCUAUGCCGGCAAUACGUGCGUCUCCAGAGCCGCCACAUUCCCGGAUUGAGCAAAAGGAUGAAGGAAUAAACGAUAAUCUGACUGAUGACCCUGUCCUAAUAACGGAAACUGACCGUGUCCCACCCUCAGAACGCAUGCGACAUCCAGCAAGCUUGUUUUUACGCGACGACUGGGAGCAUGCGUCUCCGUCAAUUAUGGAUUGGAUGCAGAUCGCCGUCGAUGAAGGAUCAGCACCUCAAGACCUCGAGAUUGACGGCAGCCGAGGAGUUAAUCGUGUCCCAAUACCGCGACUAGUGACUCCCGACGCACAUCCAAGAGGCGCCGACGAAGGCCUAGGUCUGGCAAUCAAUGUGCAGCUACCUCAGGAGUUUGAUAAUGAUGAUGUUCCACCGCCUCCUAUACCACGUCAUGACCCUCCGGCUCCCCCCUCCGACACUUUAGAGAGCGCUGCUCAUCCUCCCCUACCCGUGGUUCAUCCCAACAUCUUUUCGAACGCCAUCUUCGCGCCGCUGGGGCCCGUUCAAAGUACCGAUAGCAGUGAAGACUCCUCUCUUCGACGACUUGAGCCGACGCCUUCUUCACAGACUUUGGACUCAUCGGCAACUUCUUUGAUUCCUUCGACUUCAGAACACCCUCGCCCACAAACCGCAUCCCCAUCCCCAGAAGAACGUCAAUUGAAGAAGCGGCGACAUGUCAUAAAGGAAUUAGUUGAUACAGAACACACAUUCGGAAAGGACAUGAGGGUCGUCGAUCAUAUUUAUAAAGCAACUUCGAGUUCGUGCUUAGACCUCUCUGCGGAAGAUGUCAAAGUGCUGUUUGCAAACUCGGACCAAGUUGUGAAAUUCUCUAUGGAUUUCCAGGACACUCUUAAGGAGGCAGCGAGAAGUGUUUAUAUAAUGCCUAAAUCUCAACGGUGGACAAGCCAGCGUAAUGCGCGAAAUCCUAUAGCGAAGACGGAUCAAGAAUCUUCUACUGGAACUAGCACUUCAAACCUGGAGAAAGAUAAUGCGACUUUCAUUGGGCAGGCAUUCAUUGCGCACAUAGAAAACAUGGAGAAGGUCUACGCUGAAUACCUGAAGAACCAUGAUGCUGCCAAUAGGAAACUUCAGACUCUGCAAAAGAAUCCGAAAGUGGAUAUCUGGCUCAAAGAAUGUCGGAGCAGAUCAUCGGAUCUCACAACAGCAUGGGAUCUAGACUCGUUACUUGUCAAGCCAGUACAGCGAAUCUUGAAAUACCCUCUCCUUUUGAGUGAACUCCUUGAAUCAACACCUAAGGACCAUCCAGACCGUGCUGCACUCAUUAGUGCCCUUGAAGAAGUUACGAACAUCUCCGUUCGCAUCAACGAGCUGAAAAAACGUGCAGAUGUCGUGGGGCAAGUGGUUGGUCGCAAGAGAAAAGAAUCUGAUGUCAGGGCAGGCCUAUCGAAGGCAUUUGGACGUCGCACAGAGAAGCUGAAGCAACAGGUUGGCCUUUCCGAUAUGUUCGAAGACAAGGAGUACGAUAUUCUGUCCCAGAAGUUCGGAACCAAUUUCAUUCAACUGCAAGUUGUCAUGCGGGAUCUGGAAUGGUAUACAAGUAAAGCCCAGGGAUUUAUAGACUGCUUGGGUGAAAUUACCAGUGCUUUAGAAGAGUUUAAAGUUGGCCCAGCUGCUUACCAUGAAACCGAGGGCAAAUGCGAUGACAAAUGCGAUGAGCUGAAGGCGGCUGUUCAAGAUGUGAUGGUAGAGGCGUUACCCAGGCAUAUCGCUGUUGUUCGUAAGAGCGUUAUUGACCCAAUAGUCACACUGCUUAAACUUCAUGACGGACCACAGAGGGUGAUGCACAAGCGCGACAAGCGCCUCAUGGAUUAUGCCCGCUUGAAGAGUAUCAAGGAACGGGGGGACAAACCAGACAAGAAAACAACCGAGCAAGGAGAGCAGUUUGUGGUCCUCAACGAGGCCCUCAAAGACGAACUUCCCAAACUAUACUCUCUCACCACUAAAUUGAUGGAGGCUUGUCUGGAGAAAUUCGUUCAUAUACAAAUGUCGUGGCUUGCAACUCUACAGGAGAAACUUGGCCCCCUAGUGGACUCGUUCCCAGACGAUAUCCAGAAAGUAAUUGGUGAUUGGAAUGCGAGUUUCAGCUUCUCUGAGGCGCAGGUACUCUCGUUAGGCAUUUGCAAUGGGUCAUUGUUGGCUGACACUAUCAACCUCAUCAAUUUCAACACUCCUCCAACCGGAGCAACUAUUAGUUCGCCGCGGCGUCCAUCAACAGUGAACAGCGCCAGCACUCGUGUCGGAUCCACGAUGGAUGAGUCGCCCAAAGCUUCCCAUGAUUUCGGCAGCGGUGGUCAACCUUUCCAAUCACCAAGCUUUGAUAGCCAGUCCCAAGUCUCUCUUGAACGCAAGCGUGCUGAUUCAACUUUCUCGGGUCGCGCUGCGCCAGAUUCGAUUGAACUACCCCGGAGUCAAAUGUUGCAACAGAUUACUAGUUCCUCAUCAGCUUCUAUACCCCAGCCCAACUCUAACAGAGAGUCUUGUCCAAGCCUUCCUCGGUUGAGCCUUGAUUCUCCAUUCCUUGUCGACGUCAUUGGUCCUUCUGAAAGUGGCAACAAACCGACCGAAGAACAGCCGAGCUCACCUGGUGGUCGGUACUCAGGCUUUUUCUCAUCCGCAAUGCCAAUGUCGGACAACCCACAAGACAGUGCUCCCCAGGAGAACGAAGCACCUAAAGAACCUGCUGUGCUAUUCCUUGCCGCUAGUAUUUAUGAAUUCAACAUUGACCGUGCCCGACGAGAAGCCGGGUAUCCCUACUUGACAUAUGUCGUCGGAGAGAUUUUUGAUGUCAUCGCCGAAAAGGGCGAGCUGUGGCUAGCCAAGAACCAGGACGACCCUACUCACCAGGUUGGCUGGAUCUGGAAUAAGCAUUUUGCGAAACUCUCAACCUAAAGCCACUAUCUGAUGAAAUUAUUACUUGUUUCAAUAUUGUACAUCUUGCAUGGAGGUCUCCAGCGUCAUGGUACGUUGGGUCUGUUCGUCUUAGACUGGAUCUGACCCAGAAAACGUCGACGCUCCAGAAGGCCGCCCUGGAGUUAACGGUCUUCACGUUCCUAUUUAUGAAAUGUGUUAUGAAGUUUUGGGGGCGUUUCCUUGCAUCCGCGUUUAUUUCUUUAUUUUUGUCUGGAAACCAGUCUGCUAUUGGCUGGUGGUCAGGUCAUCUGCUUUGAUUCUGCUUUGAACCGUCUGGUAUGUGCGGGGAAAGAUAUGUUACUCUCAGCUUUUGUGAAGGUGUUUGCUGUUUCUCGUGCUACUGAAGGCACAAUCUAUCAGAGACACUCAAAUGUACGUUUAGAUACCCCUUGAUUUAGUUGUUCAAUGGACUAGAACUUAAAAUGCAAACGUGUGGUAUGCGCAAAA